GCUUAAAAACAUCCAAAAGCAUGACUACGGCGGCCAUGGAUAGGCACUGGCGCCGCCUUCAAGCUACUCCGCCGCCGCUAGGCGCCGUGCAGUACUACAGAGAGCUAAUCCACUCCCUAGACACCCCGGUGCAAGCUGCUCCGAUCAUGGUGGACACCGAGCCGGGCCAAGCCAUGGCUAUCGUCGGCGCCAGCAGAAGCAAGUGCUACCACCUCAUCACGCCGGCGCAGGCGGCCUACUACUACCGCGUCGUAGGCGGGCGCCUGGGAUCGGCGCCGCGCCUGAUGAAGCCGUACCGCUGUCUGGGCGCGCCGGCACCCUCGACGACGACGACGAAGCUGUACCGCGGCGUGCGUCAGCGGCACUGGGGCAAGUGGGUGGCGGAGAUCAGGCUGCCGCGGAACCGGACGCGCCUGUGGCUCGGCACGUACGACACCGCCGAGGAGGCCGCGCUUGCCUACGACGGCGCCGCGUUCCGGCUGCGCGGCGAUGCCGCCCGCCUCAACUUCCCGGAGCUUCGGCUAGGCGGUACGCACCUUGCGCCGCCGCUCCACCCGACCGUCGAUGCCAAGCUCCAAGCCGUGACGACAUCCGCGCCAGCGGCGCCUGCCUUGCCCCGACCCGAGAGCCUGGAUAUCGAGAGCGAGACCUCGACGACCACCACGGCAACGGCGUACGGCACAGGCCUCUGUCCAUCAUCCACCGGCUCAUCGUCGUUGGCUAAGACGGCGCCACUGCCCGAUAUGCAGGAGCUCGACUUCUCGGAGGUGCCGUGGGAUGAGGGCGACGGCGUCGCGCUCUGCAAGUACCCGUCGUUAGAAAUCGACUGGAACGCCAUCCUCUCAUGAUGUGACCGUGCAACCACGAACCAGCACACAAGAAAAAGCAACGGCGUCGUGCAUAUUAGUAGUUGGAAUGUGCUGCUGUUGCUGUUUUGCACGCAAUGCUAUGCUCUUUGUGUUUUGGCGCCGUUUUCGCAAAGAAAAACCAGUACACAUAUGCAAUUAUACGUGUAUGUACCAUGUGACGGAUGCGGGAUGCCGCGCUACUCUAACCGAAGAAAUACUGGUAAUGAAAACUCAUGAAUUGAAACAAUGAACAUUA